AUGCCAGCUCAACUCAACCACAUCCAAGAGUUCGAUGAGGAUGAGCUGAUCGAUGACUCAACCAGUACCAUACCAAUUUCAGGGCUAAGCACCCCGCUGGGUUUACGGGACCGCUUCAUUCGUCGCCUUGCCAGAUUAUCUGGAGCAAGUGUCCAGAUAAGUGACGAAAGGGAGUGCUCUAUGAGCAUCUUCCUCACCCGCAGAUCGAGUGGACUCGAGCUUGACAAGGAACUUUGUCGGCUAUUGGAGCGCGGCUCGACGCUUGACCACGACUUGGGGGAUCGAUUGAUAGCGCUCUAUCAUAGUGUGCACGAGUACACUGGGUCGAUGAAGAAGCUCAACGCCUUGAUCCAUUCUGCCUCGACUAUGACCCGCUCUCUACCGCACCUGCAUGUUCGUAUGAAACCCCUCCUCGGGAAAGCUCGUUUUGCAGAUGAGCUAUAUCAGCUCAUCUGCACUUUGGGCUUUCCUGAACGAGUGUAUAGCACCUUGGUCCGCGCGGCUAGAACUUCGAGAACAUUUGAGCGUCUCCCAUCAGUACACUAUUUCUUCACAAAGCCACCACAGAAGCGCGAGAGCGUCUUUCGCCUAAUCCAGUUCCUCAACGACCGCGAGAACACGGAACCUCGACCAUGUCUGCAACGAGACUACGGGUUUUCCUUCUGUAAGCAGCGCGAAGAAGUCUCAUGUGUUAAAGACAUCUACAGCCGGCUUCUCCAGAAGGUGCAGCCUUCAGACCUUCAUACAGCGUGCAUGAGUGGAGAGCUGUACGAGCUAGGGUACAAGAACAAGGUGUUCAUCGAUGCGAAGAACAGCCGUCUGAUGAAGAAUGAUUAUGGCAACCCUUAUCUUGGCUUCGACAACGUGGAGGGCCUUGAGAAAUUCAAGGAUUCGCUCUUCAAAAGACGUUUGAGGUCGUAG